GAAAUUACUGAGAUAAAGGAAACUGAAAACAUGACUGACGAUAGAAGAGUUCACCCAGAUUGUAGGAAUGCUUCGAACCCUUAUCAUGAAUGCAGCGAAUAUUGCUUCAAGUUAAUAGCGGAAAUAAAGAAGCAAAUGAGCAAAGCUGAAACAGGGUCAAAUACAAGUAUCUACAAUUAACUAUAGGGAAGGGCGAAGCUUGGGAUUUUGUUUUCCACACCUUGGAGCUACAUGAAUUUGAGACUUCUGGAUGCAAAAUCCUUGCAUACUUCUAGUGCCUGAAACACAGAUUUGCCUGUCAGACAUGUCUGCAGUACAAGGGAGUGGGGAAAAGUAAUUAAUGGUGUCAAGAGUAGUUCAUGGGACGGGGAAGAGUACAGUUCUUGUGAAUGUUGUAUUGGAACAUCAUGUAAAGUGUGAUCGGUUUUUUGUGUUAAUGCCAUUGACAUUGAGUAGAUAAAUGAGGAUCUAUAUAUGCUGAAGUGGAACUUUAUCAUGUCAGCAAGAGAGAAGAUACUACACUGCACUGGCUAAGCCACACUUCAUUUAGGUUGCACUUAUAUGUGUCAAUGCUUAGAAAGCUAGCAAAGAGUUAUGGAAGUAGUAUUGUCACGCCCCAAAUCUGGUGGGGCAAACAAGUACCAUAUGAACAUAUAUGCUGUGCAGAUUAUCUAUGACAGGUGUAUUGCAAGCUAAUACUGUUGAUGUUCAUCCCUCCUCUGUUGUGAGUUCCGAUGGGGGUGAAGGUGCACCUGAUGAAAGGGAUGUUGUUGGAAGUCACAGUGAUGCAGAUGAUCAAGCUGAUGGAGAGGAUAAUAUGGGACAAGAUGCCGCGAAUCUCACAGGGAGGAAGAAGAAGUUAUUUGAAUUGAGGUUAAAAAUGAAUGAGGCAAGAAAAGCUAAUCAAUCUGCAAUGGUAGCAGAGAAGAAAAAAACAGAAGCUCCACCAGAGUCUAGGGGAAUGUCCAAGCAAAAAUGGAUUGAGGAGAGGAAGAAGAAAAUUGGAAAGUUGUUGGAUGCCAAUGGGUUAGAUAUGAGCAAGGCAUAUAUGCUAGAUACACAAGAGUCUGCAGAGGUUAAGUACAAGAAGUGGGAGAAGGAGCCUGCUCCAGCUGGUUGGGAUGUUUUUAAUCAGAAGACGCUAUACGAUGCAUACAAGAAGCGGACAAAGAAUGUUGCUGUUGAUGUAGAUGAGUACAAUAGAAUGAAGGAAGCUGACCCAGAAUUUUAUCGAGAAGCUUCUAGUCUCCAGUAUGGGAAGGCACCAAAAUUAUCAGACGACAAGAUAGAGAGGAUGGUGAAGGAGCUCAAGGACAGGGAUGAGAAGCGCCAAUCAUUUAGUCGGAGGAGAAAGUUCCAUGAAGAGAAAGACAUUGACUCUAUUAAUGAUCGUAACGAGCACUUCAAUAAAAAGAUUGAACGUGCAUUUGGAAAAUACACCUUGGAGAUCAAGAAUAACCUCGAGAGAGGAACUGCAUUACCUGAUUGAGGUAUUAACAUGCCAUGUCAAUGUGUACUUUUCUGUAUCCUAGAGCAGUCUUAUGACGAGGAUGCUCCUUGAUCUGUUGCUUUCCUGUAUCAUGAUUUCAGUGAUAUGAAUUUCUAUCUCUCAACCUGAUGCAAAUACUUGUAAGUUCUAUUAUUUGCAAGAAACUUUUUAUUGUAGACCAGAAAAAUGUAAAUAUCUAAAAUCCUUUCCCCUCCCUAAAUGAAAAGGUUUGAAUAGGGAAAUGAUCUAUUAAGAGUAUGAGCUUUUUUUUGA